AUGUUCAGCGGCAGCCUGUCGGACAGGCUCAAGGCCGCGGUCAACCAGAUCGAGCAGACGGGUAAGGCCGCGGUCAACCAGUUCGAGCAGACCGGCAGCCAGCUGCAGCAGCGCGCAAUCAGCGCGACGCAGACUGCGGCUGCCGCAGGAGCCCAGGUGGCAGCCUCGUCAUCCCGACCAGCGUCGCCCGCGUCGCCGACAAGACCAAAAGUCACGCCCGCGGUCGCAGCGUCCGACUCGCCCCUCUCCCCCGGACCGUCGACAUCGCCGACAAAGAGCAGCACGAGCCACCUCGCCGAGUCGGCGAUGGGGAACCUCAGACGCUCGUUACAGCUCCAGCGCGAGUCGUUGGAUCUCUCACGGCCUGGCUCCGCAGAGCUCAAGGAGGUCAAGGAGACCAAGGAGGUCAAGGAGACCAAGGAGGUCAAGGAGGCCGACGCGCCCACAAUCGCUGUUGCAGGUUCUUCACGCCCCGAGACGCCCAAGGGCCUCGCGGCGCCGUUCGCACUCGGUUCCCUCGCGUCCUCGGCCCAGCCAAGCGGCAAGGCCACCCCCGGCGACGUGUCGGACACGGACGAGGGCAAGGGGGCCGAUGGCAAGGCGGCGGAUCCGCUCUCCGUGCCCCUGCCGGCCUCUCCCGCCGCCACGCCGGCGAAGGAGCAGGCUGACCCGCUGAGGAGUGCCGGUGCCGCAGAGGUCAAGGACAAUGCAGCUGAACCAGAAGCUGCGGUCUCGCCCAAGGCCGCUGAGCCAGACGCCGCCGCAGCCUCGCCCAAGGCCAAUGGCGAUACUACCCCCGAUGCCGACGCCAGCGCCGAGCAGCGGUUUGAAGCUUCAGAGAGACGGUUCAAAGACCUCUCAAAUCGCUACACCGAGCUCCUCGCUCAGAACCACGCAGCCAACAAGAUUGUCAAGGAUCUUACGCCCCUCUCUGGCAUUUCAGAUAUUGAUGCGUUUGAGGGGUGGCUGCGCAUGGCGACGACCAAGCUCGGCUUGUUCGAGGAUCAGCUCAAGGGCUUGCAGGGCAAGCUGGAGUUGCAAGCAUCGCGAAUGGAGGAGCUCCGCGAUACACAUCGCCUUGAGGGCGGAUCGCAGCACGAGUUGAUAUCCAAGCUCCGGAAGCAGGUGUCUGACGCCGAGGCCAAACUGUCGGCCAAGGCCAACGACAUGGUCGAGACGAGCCAGCUGCGAGCCGACCUCGCCAAGGCCGAGACGCGCGCCAAGGAGGAGGAGGAGAAGCGCACAAAGGCGAUUUCGCUCCUCAAGACGGUGCGCCAGAAGCACGUCAAGGUGGAGAAGGAGAAGGAGGUGAUGGCCCAGGACCUCGCCGAGGAGCGCGCGGAGCGGACAAAGGCCGGCGAGGAGGUCGAGAAGAUCAAGGCGGAGCGCAUUGUCCAGGUCGACCAGCUGCGCAAGGGCUUUGAGCGCGAGACUGCGAGCAUCAAGGAACGCAGCGACAAGGAGCUGGCCGCGAGGAAGGCCGCGUGGGAGCUCGAGAUGAUCACGACGAAGGCAGCACACGCCAAGGAGCUCUCGCACAAGGCCACGAGGAUCACAUCACUCGAGCACCAGGUCAAGGACCUGACCGAGACCAAGGUCAAACAGUUUGAGACGAUCCAGAGCCGGCAAUCUGAGGCCGAGUCGGCGCGCGGCGACCUGGAGGGCCUGCAGACGCGGACCAAGGAGCUCGAGUUCCAACUGCGAGAAGCGACCGAGCGCAUCGCGCUGCUUGAAGACGCACCGAGUGCGCGGUCUCCAGAAGUGGAUGCGGCGGCAGCCCCCGCCCGGCCGUCGGGCACGUCGGCCGCUGAGGUACAGCGGCUGCUCGCCGAGGCGGACGCCAAAUCCGAGGCCAAGCUCUCCGACCUGCGCUUCAAGGUGCGCGCUUUGGAGCGCGAGCGCAACGAGCUAGAAGAAGACUGGGCGUCCAAGCUCGCGCAGCGGGUGCGCGAGCUCGAGACACUGCGGCGUACGCUGAGCGACAAGGAGGAAGAGGCAGCUACUGCUGCCGCGGCGAGAGCGGAGCGGGACGCGCGCAUCGACGCGGCCGACGCCGCGCGCCGCGAGCUCGAGCGCGAGAUGGUCCAGCUCCGCGCCGCCGUGGAGGAGGCACACGCCGACGUCGCUGUCGCCGCAGAGGCGGAGCGCGCCGCGCGCGACGAGCUCGCAGCCGCAGGCGACGCCACGAGCAGCGUGCAGGCGCAGCUCGACGAGGCCAAGGCGCUCGCCGACAAGCUGCGCGCCAACAACAAGACGCUGCGCGACGAGAUGAGAAAGGUCCAGAGCAGCGUCCAGCUGCUCGAGCGCCAGCGUAACCCUGGCGUGGGGUACUGGGCGAGCGGGGGCGCGGCUGCCGAGCCGGCCGUGUCCAUGACGCCCGCACCGGCGCCGGCACCGACGCCGCCCGCGCCCUCUGCAGCGUCCGACGCGUCGGGCACACAGACCCCCUCGUCGCCCGCCCCGUCGCGCGACGAAGAGGAAGUCAACCUCGAGUACCUCCGCAACGUCAUCCUCCAGUUCCUCGAGCACAAGGAGAUGCGGCCAAACCUCGUGCGCGUGCUGAGCGUCAUUCUGCGCUUCACGCCCCAGGAGCUGCGGCGACUCAACGCCAAGUUGAAUACUUAGAGUGUGGCGACGGAGUGUAUGUAUCGACGAACGAGUGCAUGCAUCGGGCU